ACCAGUGCUCGAGAUCCACCUCGAGAAGGCCCUCUUCAAAUUUACGGCGGCGGUGGGGAGAAGCGGAAGCGAACGGCGGCACCGCCGGGCCCACCAACUCCAGCCUUCGGCGGCCUCCGCCUCCGCCGCUUCCUGGAGCUCGCGAACCCACCGAAGCCCGUUUCCACCAUGGAUUACGAACGAAUCGAGAAGCCAUCUCCUCCGGGCGGUGGGUUUUCUCCCGGCAGGCUUCGAGCUAUGCUUUUGGGAGUGGAUAAGAAGAGGAAAGAGGAGGAGAUGGAGUCCAAGUUCUCGCUGAGAUCUGAGGCAACUGCUGCUGAGAUCGAUGACACAUGUGGUAGUGUUUCGGAUGAUUGCAAGGAUGUGGACAUGGUGAGCUCGCUCCCUGAAUGCUCUACUUCGUUGGAGAAGAUGAGUGGUCACAGAUUUACAGAUCAAAUCCUAUCGAGUUCGAGGAUUAGAUCUCAAGAGGAAGACUCUUUUGAUUCAGACGGUGUGCCAUCCGCCUUCGAAUUCCACAAGGGUGAACGCGCUCCCCACCGGGCGGCUCUCAUGCCACCAUUCUCAAAACCGGCGCCUUCGAAAUGGGACGAUGCACAGAAAUGGAUUGCGAGCCCCAAUUUGAACCGGCCUUAUAAACCUUGUGGAGUGCAGCCGAAGAAAACAGGGAAGUUUGGUUAUGGUAGCCGACAAUCUUCGACGAAGGUGGUUGUAGAGAUUACAGAGGAUGCAGACACUAAGAGGAUUGAUCCAACCCAAGAAAAGAGAGGAUUUGGUGGGCAGAAGGUUGUGAAUUUGGUCCCCAACUCUUACCAGGUGGUGGAUUCAUGUGCCAAGCCUGGGAUUAUUGUUGAGAAGGUUGCAGAUUCAGCAAUUUCUCUUAGUCGUCACGAUUCUUCUACAUUACCUCAGACUGCUACCACCUUUAUUACUCCCCCAUCAACAGACAGGUCGGUGUCUAUGAGAGAUAUGGGCACAGAAAUGACUCCUAUGGCUAGCCAAGAGCCAUCUCGGACAGGAACUCCUGUGAGAGCCUCAACACCAACACGCAGCCCUACUUCUUCUCGAUCAACAACUCCACAGAGAGCUGCACCAAAUUCAAACAUUGCUGCAAACAUUACUGGUUCAUCUGACAGCCACAGGGAUAGCAAGAAUGAGUUGAGUGAAAAGGAGUUGCAAAUGAAAACUAGAAGAGAAAUAAUGAUUCUUGGCGCACAACUAGGUAAGACUAAUAUUGCUGCAUGGGCAAGCAAAGAAGAAGAGGAAAGGGAUGCAUCCGUUUCUCUCAAGAUUCUGCCAGUUGACCAAUCAAAACGUGUUACUGAGAUGCGUGCAGCAGCCUGGGAGGAGGCAGAGAAAGCCAAGUAUCAGGCCAGGUUUAAACGGGAAGAAAUCAAAAUCCAAGCAUGGGAAAAUCACCAGAAAGCAGAAACUGAAGCUGAAAUGAGGAAAAUUGAGGUUGAAGUGGAGAGGAUGAGAGCUCGUGCACAUGAAAAGCUUAUGAACAAGGUAGCAGCUGCAAAGCAUAAAGCUGAGGAAAUGCGUGCGGCAGCAGAGGCCAGAAGAAACCAGCAAGCUGCAAGGACGGCUCAACAAGCAGAGUACAUCAGAAGAACUGGCAACAUUCCUUCCUCAUUUUCUUGCUGGAAUUGGUGCUCUUAAUUCUGUUUCACUGCAGCUGUGCAACUGGUAUGUCUAAAUAUUCUAGAAUUCUUGUUAAUUUAGUGGUUUUGAUGCAAAAUACAAUGUCAGGGCCCAGCAUGCAUCCUUCAGAUACUUGUACUGCAAACCAUUUGGUUCACCUGUGACCGGGAGCACCAAUUUGUUUCAGUGUUAGCCAUUUGGUUCACCUCCAUGUAAAGGAGAUAUGAAUAUGUUUAGUGAAUUGUUAAUUUUUCUUUUAUAAACUGCCAGAGUGUUACUCUUUUUUUCAUAUAAGCAUUGUUGUCAUCCUGGUAUA